AUGCGCGCAGAUGGAGCACAGCUCCGUCAACCGAAUGUGUUUUCUCCGGGGGACGAUUUUGAGUUGUGGAAAGUACGAAUUAGGAACUAUCUGCGCAUGCAGCCGGCGACGGAGCUGCAGUCUUUCAUUAUCGGAUAUCUUUCCGACAACGCAGCAAGACGGUUCCUCAGUUUCUGCCUAACCCCGGACACUGACCCCGAAACGGUAAGCAGCCGAUUAAGGCGGCUAUUUGGCGAAACUACACCGGCCGGCAUCUACCUUGGACGCUUCCUGGAGCGUAAGCAAACCGAGUCCGAGUCAUUACAGGACUAUCUCGGAGCGCUACAGGAACUGGCGCUCCGAGCGUUUCCCGAAGAGGCCGAAAAGAAGGUGUUAGAUCAAUUUCGCACCGGCAUCCAUGGGCUUGAAGCUCGGGUCCAACUACUGCGUCGUCCCCCGUCGACAUUAGACGAAGCGGUGGAGGUCGCCACUAACUUUGAGAUGGUCGAACAAACGAGGGAAUCUUGCAAUGCAUUAACCAUAGGCACACGUCCAAGCCCCGAUCUCAGGGCCCCCGUUCGCUUAGCUCGCAGUCGGGAGCGCAAAUGGAGUACUUCCCGGAAGGACUGCCCGUACUGUGUUCGGUUCGGUCGACGGGCUCAGCGUUGUGGGCACAACCUCCCGAUACAACCCAAACCGCGAACAGGAACGGCCUACCGUGCUCGGGUCCAUUCAUCGACAGGACACUCCCCAGCCCUCCUCCGCCUCGGAAUCGAACUCCGCUUACCCCAAGAGGUACAAUCGCCACUAGCACCAGCCGAAAUGAUCGACAUGAACGAUUUCGUCCGCGGGCUCCAACAGCGCCUCUCGGCGGCUUUUCGCACCGCCCACGAAACUAUUCAGUCCGAACAACAACAUCAAAAAUCGGCUUACGAUCGAGGAGCCCAGGGCCCAAAGUACACUCGAGGGACUCUAGUGCUCUUGUACCGGCCACGCUCUGUACCAGGCACAUCCCAGAGGUUCCAUCAACCAUGGCAGGGACCGUAUAUUGUCAUCCACCAGCGCUCACCCAACGUAUAUGUGCUACGUGAUCCACAACGGCCACAAGCAGACGUACUCACCGUCCACUACAACCGAUUGAAGCCAUACCGCACCGCAAAAUCAACAGAAGUCAUAUCCCCACCGUCUAUAGUUGUUGAUCAACCACCGGUGAUGUACAUGGAAGUACCAGCUGAAGGCGGCGUGGCAACACAGCUUACACCACCAGCGGACACUGAGGACAUUGUCCUUCUUGACAGGGGGUGGGUGAAGGGUAGCCGCAUAUUCGUUGUGAUCGUGUUUAUACCGACUGAUUGA